UAUGCGGGUUACAGCACAAUCUGCCGAGGCCGCCGUGUCUGCUCCGCGAGGCACGAGAUGAUGCAGUACGAUAAAGUGGUCGGAGCUCGUUGAGAUUCCGCCCGCUUUUGUGCGCGUCGUCGUACGAUAUUCUCCGGGGCUUUCAUUUGUAGAUAAGCGUAAACUCGUUUCCUAUCUUUUUUCGCAAUUUACCAGUUUACACUGCCAUUAAUUACUUGCCCUUUCACCGCUCUGACAGCUGUUUCCCAUUACCUACCAGUGCUUGUUUUUAUGAACAGGGCGCAAACAAGUGCACGCAGUAAACAAGCGCGCAAUCCGUUCUUCCAGAGGCUAAAAUUAGAGCAUUCGGAAGUUGGAGAACGGCCUGUGCUCUUGCAAAACUGCUUUUGUCUCUCUUUCAAGAAAGUGAUGGAAGUGAGAAACGAGCGUAACACGGCGUUGUAGAUAGGCUGCUCUCGCAUUUUUCCACUCUGCAUGCUGGUUCGUUCUUGCAGUCUGCUGCAUGUCGGACAGAAUUCUUACCGCAGGAACCCCUGUCUUUUUUGUCUGCCAAGGUCCGUCUGUGACUGCCACAGGAGAGCCAACCUGGUCAACCCUCAACACGAUCUACAUGAUGCAGUCACGAUACAGUUCGGCAUGAUAUCCAGUGAUAUCAGCGAGAAACGAAACUGAGCCGAACGAGUUGUAAUCUCACUUGCGCGCCAAUCCAAUCCAAGUAGCCGGUGCUUUCUACUCGGCCCCUUCGCCCCCUUCUCGACCAUGCUAAUAUGUGUACUCACGGUUUUCCCGUUCUCGUUUCGCCACUUUACAUUUCACGCUUUUUCCUGCAACCUAUUUCCUCCGUUGAGGCAAGCUUGCGGGAUCUGGAGGCUAUUCUAGCCGAGGUUUUAUUGCGCCGUCGGACCGCUAACGGUGCGGAUUCGUUCCUCGGUUCUGUUCCCGUAGCAGGUGCUCGCCGAAAGCGAUGUUUCUAAUCGGACUGACCGGCGGCAUCGCGUCCGGUAAGAGCACGGUCGCCAGCAUCUUGCUUUCGCUCGGAAUCGAUGUCAUAGACGCUGACAAGAUCGCCCGCGAUGUCGUCGAGCCGGGAAGGCCCGCCUGGGAGCAGAUUCGUCGGGAGUUCGGCUCGGAGGUGCUGCUAAGCGAUGGCCAGCUCAACCGUCCCGCACUGGGCCGCAUCGUGUUCGGCGACCACGAGAAGAGGCGCAAGCUAAACAGGAUCACGCAUCCAGAGAUACACAAGGAAAUGGCCUUCCAAAGCCUCAAGCUGUUCCUCAGGGGCCGCCAGUUCGUCGUGGUCGACGUGCCGCUGCUGUACGAGACGAAGACGAUGUUGCGCUUCGUGCACAAGGUGAUCGUCGUGAAGUGCACGCCCGCGCAGCAGAUCGAGCGGCUAAUGCUGAGAAACGGCUUCACCGAAGAAGAGGCGAGGAAGCGCAUCGAGUCUCAACUGCCCUUGGAGCAGAAGUGCGGUCUAGCCGAUUUCGUCAUUGACAACACCGGGGACCCGGACAGCGUGCGCGCUCAGGUCGAAGACAUCGUUCGCCAGCUCAAGGGCUCGUGGGCCCACUGGAAGGUGCGCGGUACCGUGCUGGUGGCUCUGCUGGGGCUAUUGCUAAGUGUCAUGUGGUUGAUAGCUCGCGUCUCUAGUGCGUUUUAACUUGUACCAAAAAGAAGGCCACGUACGUAGGCCCUCCAUCGAGUGCACCGCAACGUGCUUUUCGGAAGCUCUCAUAUCCCUCCGUAUCUGACUGGAGUAGCUGUUAGGCCGCAUUACAUGGUGCCGUGACACUCCUCCAAAGCUGUGGAAACCGAGGGCAAGGUUACAAUUCUCUUUUCAAGGCAUUGCAAUGCUGGGCAUUAAAUGCCAGCCACAUUGCAUGGCCAGAUAAAAGAUGGCUUGCGAACUUUUGAAGAGAACUGUGCCUGUUAAUGGCUGACAUUGCAAGCUGUAAACAUUAACAAAAUGCUGAAAGCAUCACCUAUGCAUAGACUCGAUCCCAUGCUCAUGUCAUGCUAAUAUAACGAUGGUUUUAAAUAAUAUAUUUUAAUACUGGUGCAAGGUGCAUAUACACAGGGUUUUAUAGAAGAAUCAUUAUUUUUAUGUUCAUGUAUGAAUUGCAAGACAAAGUGAUAAAGAGAUUAACUGUGAUGCCAA